AUGCAGAAGUCACCAGUAGAAGAUGCGAACUUCUUCUCCAAAUUUUUCUUCUGGUGGGUAACACCACUGUUAAGGAAGGGCUUCAGAAAGAAGUUGGAUCUGUCAGAUGUGUACAAGGCUCCCUCCUUUGAUCUGGCAGACAACCUCUCUGAGAGACUUGAAAGAGAAUGGGACAGGGAGGUGGUGUCAGCCACAGCCAAGAGAAAGCCAAAGCUGCUGAGAGCACUGGCCCGCUGCUUCUUUUGGCCUUUUGCCUGCUUUGGUGUCCUCCUCUACCUUGGGGAGGCUUCCAAGACGGUGCAACCUCAGAUUUCAGGUCGCAUCAUUGCUUCCUUUGACCCGUUCCAUGCUCCAGAGAGAAGUCAGGGACUCUACCUGUCCCUGGGCCUUUGCCUCCUCUUCACUGCCCGCUUCCUUCUGUUGCAGCCUGCCAUCUUUGGCCUGCAUCACCUUGGCAUGCAGAUCCGCAUCGCACUUUUUAGCCUUAUUUACAAGAAGACCCUGAAGCUGUCCAGCAGAGUCUUGGAUAAGAUCAGCACUGGUCAGCUUGUUAGUCUGAUGUCUGCAAAUCUCAACAAGCUGGAUGAGAGUUUGGGUCUGGCACAUUUUAUAUGGAUCACCCCUCUGCAGUGCAUAUUGUGUGUGGGUCUGGUCUGGGAGCUGAUUGAGGUGAACGGCUUCUGUGGCCUUGCAGCACUGACUCUGAUGGGCAUCGUCCAGGCCUGGCUCUCCACCAAGAUGGCACCUCAUCGGGCGAACAGAGCACCUAUGACUAGCCGCCGCCUAGCUCUCACCACAGAGAUUAUAGAGAACAUUCACUCUGUGAAGGCGUACGGUUGGGAGGAAGUGAUGGAAAAUAUCAUCAAGAACAUCAGGCAGGAUGAGAUGACACUGACGAGAAAGAUUGGAUCUCUCCGUUACUUCUACAGCGCGUCAUACUUCUUCUCUGCCAUCUUUGUUAUCCUCUCAGCGAUUAUACCAUAUGCACUCAGUAAAGGCAUCAUCCUGCGUCGAAUUUUCACCACAGCCUCCUACUUCAUGGUGUUAAGAAUGACACUGACCCGUCAGUUUCCAGGUUCCCUCCAGAUGUGGUACGACACAAUGACACUACUCCACAAGAUUGAGGAUUUCCUGAUGAAGGAAGAAUACAGUGGACUGGAGUAUAACCUCACCACCUCAGAACUGGAGUUGGUCAAUGUGUCCGCAUCCUGGGAUGAGCGUAUUGGUGAGUUGUUUGAGAAGAUCCAGCAGGAGAGCAAAGCAAAUGGACACCUGAACGGUGACCCCGGGCUCUUCUUCACCAAUCUCUAUGUCACCCCUGUGCUCAGAAACAUCAGCCUGCACCUCGACAAAGGCCAGAUGCUCGCUGUGGCUGGAUCCACUGGCUCAGGAAAGAGUUCCCUGCUCAUGAUGAUUCUGGGAGAACUGGUGCCAACAGAGGGUAAAAUUAGACACAGUGGUCGCAUUUCCUUCUCACCCCAGACUUCUUGGAUUAUGCCAGGGACGAUUCGUGACAACAUCCUGUUUGGCCUGACUUAUGAUGAAUACCGCUACAAUUCUGUUAUUCAGGCCUGCCAGCUGGAAGAGGACUUCGCUUUGCUACCCGAGAAAGACAAGACGUAUCUCAUUGAUGGAGGGGGGACCCUCAGUGGUGGUCAAAGAGCUCGUCUCUGCCUUGCCAGGGCUGUGUAUAAAGAUGCAGACCUCUACCUCCUGGAUGCGCCUUUCACCCACCUGGACAUCGCUACAGAAAAAGAGAUCUUUGAAAACUGCAUCUGUAAACUUAUGGCCUCCAAGACUCGUGUCGUAGUAACCAGCAAGUUGGAGCAUCUCAAACGUGCAGACAAAAUCCUUCUGCUGCACAAUGGAGAUUGUUACUUCUAUGGCACCUUUUCAGAGCUGCAGGCCAAGCGUCCAGACUUCAGCUCCCUGCUUCUUGGUCUUGAGGCUUAUGACAACGUCAAUGCUGAGCGGCGUGGAUCCAUUCUCACAGAAACUCUUCGCAGGGUUUCAGUUGAUGAAACCGCUGGUUUCCGUGGCCCAGAGCAAAUUCGUCAGUCUUUCCGACAUGCACCAGCUCAAAGCCAUCCUCUAGGUGAUGGCUACCCUGAAAAACGCAAGCAGUCACUCAUCCUUAAUCCUCUGGCAGCUGCCCGCAAGUUCUCCUUCAUUGGGAAUUCUCAACAAACUGGAAACACGACAGUGGAAGACAGGUCUGAUGAACUCCCAGAGAGAAGAUUCUCUGUAGUGCCUGAAGAUGAACAAAUAGAGGAGGCACUUCCGAGGAGUAACCUGUACCAUGAUGAGUUUCAGCAUCUUAGCGGGCAGCGGCGCCAGUCUGUCUUGGAGUUCAUCACCAGUGCUCGGGGCCAAGAGCGCAGAGAGCAGAUGCAGUCAUCUUUCAGGAAAAAGCUCUCCAUCACACCGCAGUACAGUCUUGCAUCAGACCUGGACAUUUACUCCCGCCGCCUGUCCAAGGACAGUGUUUAUGACAUUAGUGAAGAUGUGGAUGAAGAAGACAUGGAGCAAUGCUUUGCAGAUGAACGUGACAAAAAUGUCUUUGAAACUACCUCAUGGAACACUUACCUACGCUACGUAAACACUAACAGGAACUUAGUCUACGUCCUCAUUUUCAUCUUCAUUGUCUCUGUCAUUGAGGUUGCUGGCUCUGUCCUCGGUAUUUUUCUUAUUACUGAUGAGGUCUGGAGGGACGCCGCCAAUCCUUCAUCGCCCAACUAUAUUGAUGAGCAGCACCCCAAUGCAUCGUCGCCGCCUGGGCAUCUCGGUGUUAUUAUGACACCCACCAGUGCUUAUUACAUCAUCUACAUCUUUGUAGCCCAUGCGGACAGUAUUCUGGCCCUGGGAUUCUUCAGGGGUCUCCCUUUAGUGCAUACAUUACUGACUGUGUCCAAAAGACUGCAUGAACAGAUGCUUAGCUCUGUGCUGCGAGCCCCCAUGUCUGUGCUCAACACGAUAAAAACAGCCAGGAUCGUGAACAGGUUCACCAAGGACAUGGCCAUCAUAGAUGACAUGCUGCCAUUGGUGCUUUUUGACCUCAUACAGGUGUCAUUAAUCGUCGCCGGUGCCAUCUUCACUGUGUCCAUCAUAGAGCCAUACAUCUUCAUCGCUGCUCUCCCAUUGGCUUUUAUCUAUGUUUUCCUCAGGAAGUAUUUUCUACGAACUGGACAGCAACUUAAAGUCCUGGAGGCUGAAGCUCGUACCCCGAUCUUCUCCCAUCUCAUCCUCUCACUAAAGGGUUUAUGGACAAUUCGGGCAUUUGAGCGCCAGACCUACUUUGAGACACUUUUCCACAAGGCUUUGAACACUCACACGGCUGCCUGGUUCCACUACCUGUCUGUUCUGCGGUGGUUUCUCUUCCGCUGUGACAUGCUCUUCACCGUGUUCUUUACUGCUGCUGCCUUCAUCGCAACCGGAAGCAACAGGGACAAACCAGGAGAGAUUGGCAUUAUUGUGGCCCUGGCUAUGCUUAUCUGUGGGAUUUUCCAGUGGGCUGUCAUCACCAGCAUCGCUGUAGAUGGGAUGAUGCGUUCAGUGAAUCGGGUAUUCAAAUUCAUCGACCUACCAUCAGAAGAUCCUCGGUUAGGGAAACCUAAAGGAGGUGGCAGAGGCCUUGAUAUCGUCAUCGACAACCCGCAUGCACGUGACUGCUGGCCUAACCGUGGCCAGCUGGACGUCCGGGGCCUCACAGUGAAAUACACAGAGGCUGGGCGUGCCAUCCUCAACAAUAUCUCCUUCUCUGUGGAGGGGGGACAAAGCGUUGGUCUGCUGGGUCGAACAGGUUCAGGGAAGAGCACCCUGCUGUCUGCUCUGCUGCGUCUCACCUCCACAGAAGGAGACAUUUCUAUCGAUGGUGUUUCCUGGAACUCUGUCUCAUUGCAAACAUGGAGGAAGGCCUUUGGUGUGGUGCCACAGAAAGUCUUUAUCCUGACUGGAACUUUCCGGAUGAACCUGGACCCACAUGGAAAUUACAGCGACACAGAAUUGUGGAAGGUGGCUGAGGAGGUGGGUCUGAAGUCUGUGAUUGAGCAGUUCCCAGACAAGCUAGACUUUCAGCUGGAGUAUGGAGGCAGCGUGCUGUGCAAUGGACACAAACAGCUGGUUUGUCUUGCCCGUUCCAUCCUCAGUAGAGCCCGUAUCCUGCUGCUGGAUGAGCCAUCUGCCUACCUUGACCCUAUGUGA